AUGGAAACCUUUGAUCAAAUUUCAACUGAGAUCACUAACUUCUUCACUAGUUUACUUGGGAAAGUUGAUCCAGCAGUAAAGGGCACGGAUCCUAAACUGUUAAAGGACCUUUGUCAGUUUACUUUACCUCCUGAGAAGGUUAAUGCCCUUGUUAAGGACGUCACUAAAGAGGUUUUCUUUAGUCAAGGAAACGAUAAAUCUCCUGGUCCAGACGGUUUCUCUCCAUUCUUUUUCAAAAAAACCUGGACUAUUAUCGAAAGCGACAUUAUUGUCGCUAUUUCUCAAUUUUUCAAAGAUUUAUAUCUUCUGCCUGCUUUUAACGCUACUGUCAUUGCUUUGAUUCCUAAGAUCCCUAAACCUAGUAAAAUUAAGGAUUUUAGACCAAUCUCUUGCUGUUCUAUUUUCUACAAAGCUAUCUCAAAGAUACUGGUAAAAAGAUUAACUUGUAUCAUGCCUGAGUUAGUAACUCUUAACCAAACAACUUUUGUAAAAGGUAGAAACAUCACAGAAAAUACAUUACUUGCACAAGAGCUGGUAAGAGGUUACAAUAGAAAUAAUAUAUCUCCUAGAUGCUCUUUGAAAAUUGAUCUCCACAAGGCUUUUGAUUCCCUCAACUGGAGCUUCAUCUCUACCAUCUUACAGGCUAUAGGCCUCCCUACGACUUUCAUUUCUUGGAUUGAAACUUGCUACACCACAUCAAGCUACUCAAUCUCCAUUAACGGGAGCUUAUCUGGAUUCUUUAAGGGAGCUCGAGGCUUAAGGCAAGGAGAUCCCCUCUCUCCCAUUCUCUUUGUUCUCUCCAUGAAUGUCCUCUCUAUCCUCCUAAAUUUGGCAGCUGCCAAGGAUAUUUUCGGAUACCACCCUAAGUGCAAAAGAAUUAACUUGACCCACUUAUCAUUCGCAGAUGAUUUACUCAUCUUUUGUAAGGGUUCAGCUGACUCAGUCAUCGGUGUCACUAGUGUCCUGGACAUUUUUUAUGAGAUGUCAGGACUCCAAAUUAACGCCUAUAAAAGUGAAUUCCAUGCAGCUGGAAUGUCCUCGGGUACGAUUGAGACUAUCAAGCAAGCUACUGGCUUUAAACUAGGCUAUUUUCCAGUGCGUUACCUAGGAAUUCCGCUGCUCACAAGGAAAAUCUAUGAAAAAGACUGUGUGAUCCUCAUCGAUAAUAUCAAAUCUAGAUUGCACCAUUGGUCUAGUAAACUGCUCAGCUACGCUGGGAGACUGGAGCUCAUCCGAACUCUUUGUUCCCACUACUUUUGGAAAGGUUCUGACAAAUCAGCAACAGGAGCACGUGUGAGUUGGAGCAAAAUUUGCUCCUUGAAAUCGGAAGGUGGUCUUGGGAUCAAAGACAUUAAGACCUGGAAUAAAGCUUGUAUGUUAGCCUUAAUCAAACAAAUUCUUGCUGGUGAAGGCUCACUUUGGGUAGCUUGGCUUUACAAUUAUGUUUUUAAGAACAAUGAUUUUUGGUCAAUUGAAGCUAAACUCAACACAAGCUGGUGUCUCAAAAGACUUCUUAAAUUGAGACCAGAGGUGCAAAAUUUCCUUCAUCCGGGUCCUGUUAAUGCAAGCUCGAUAUGGGACUCCAUUCGGUCGAAAAAUCAGAAGGUCCCUUGGCAUAAACUCGUUUGGUUUUCCCUGCACAUUCCAAAACAUAGUAUGAUAACCUGGAUGGCUCUACUUGACAGACUACCCACUAAGGAUCGUCUCCACCGAAUCGGUCUUACUAAUGACUGCUCUUGUCUUUUAUGUAACUCUGAAGUGGAAACUAGGGAUCACCUUUUCUUAUUAUGCCCUACUGCUGUUUCUCUAUGGGAACGCAUCUUCUCUUUUUCUGGUUUGCAUUUUACAGGCUACCUUUGGGAAGAAUUCUUGGAAAUGGCGAGCUCAAAUUGGAAAGGAAAAUCAUUGUUAUCUACUGUAAUGAAGAUUGCUUUGAAUGCAUUGGUUUACUUGCUCUGGGAAGAAAGGAACAGAAGACUGUACCAAGGUCGAACUAGACCUGCUAAUGAACUUCUAAAGAAUAUCAAAUCUAUUGUUUGUCUUCAACUUAACGGUGUAGUGGAGGUUGAGCUAAGCCCUGGACCAGCUUCUUUCAUCUUGCUGGGUGUGGACGACACCAUUGAAGUGAGUGAUUUGAGUAAACCCUUUAUGAUUCUCAUCUUAACCUUGCCUCUCCUUGGUGGUAGAGUUUGGUUUUGCUUCUUUGUGGGGCUUGAAGCAAUGAAUUCCAUUUGUUUCGAUAGAUGGGGUUGCAAAACAGAGGAAUAUACCAAUGAAAAUACAGAUUAUGAAGUCUCUCUGCUCACUCAAAAAAAAAAGGUUUUGUUUUCUUCUGUUUUAAGCAGGAAAAAAAAAUACAGGGAGAGCUUGCUAUUUGAUGACCGAUCAGUGUUGGAAGAUAGGAUGAUUGGAGUGAAGCUGGCAUAUAUGAAGAGAGCAAAGCCUCUUUGUGGGUCUAAAUUGCAGUUUCUUACUUGGGGACCAAGUUUAAGGUUUAUGCUGAGUUGGAUUUUGACUUGUUAG